GUCCAGUAGCAAGCAUUUACAUUUUCUUUUUUCCUUCCUCGAGUUUCCACCACAUCCACUGUCCAGCAGCUCAUUCCUUGUUGGCCUACGCUCUGCCUUGUCUCCUCCUCACACUCGUGCAACACAUGCUUGAGCCUCGCAGAGAAUAUUCCAUCAGAAGGUAUUUCGAGCAUCGGAUAGAUUCACACGCUUUCUUGCGCUGCACGUUCUCGCGCCGCACGCUCUCGCGCCGCACGCUCUCGCGCCGCACAGCAAUUUGAGCACAGCCAGCGUGGCGUCGCGAUUGGACGCACCAGCUUUCCUAGCGUCAGUCACACCGGCGUCCCUCCAAGCCGUCACUGGUGACGGUCGUCGGCUGUCCUUCCCAUGAAUAUGUGGCGACGACCAUCGGAGCUGCGCUCGAGGCGGCUCACCUCGCACCCGCCACAUUCACCGCUCCCGCCGCUGCUCCUUCUGAUCGCGCUCCUUCUCUCGAGUCAAGCGAGCGCGUCUUUUGCCGCCGCCCCUCCGCCCCUGGGACAACCCGGGAGUCCCACUCCAAGCACGUACGUCGUUGCUGAGAUGCGGGAUGGCGAGGCACGAGCCGUCAUCUACCUGUCCCUCGACUUCUACACCAACACAUCCACCAUCCAAGCCCAGUACAAGCUCUUCGCCGCUCUCCCCGCCGGCCCGCCCACCUACAUCACCCUGGCAAGCACAACCCUCCCCAGCUGCGACCCGUCCAAGUGCAGCCUGCCCCCAGCCACCCCCUCCUGGACUCAGCCCGUGCCGUCUGUGUGGGUGGCUGACGGCACCUUCUACAGCACCCCUGGCACGGACCCCGAGCGCCACUCUGCGCUGCUGCAACUGAUCGACAACUCCUCGGUCUUCCCGAAUGCGACCAUGGCCUACAGCAACCCAGCGAUGGGUGGCCUGCGCUCGGCGACGGGGCGACUCCGGAUUGACACCAACAUGAAAUUCUUGGAAGUGGGAAACAUCCCCACAUUUGUUCCCAACCCCAACUUUGUUGUUCGCUUCCGCUCCUACAUGCCUGGCGGCGCCAACCUCACCCUCACCCAGUCGGCUGACGGGCUGCGCUUCCGCAUCGAUGUCAUCUACGUCGUCGUGGUGCCCACCGACGAACCCUUCGGCUCCGGCCUCGCCGUAUUCCUGCAGGAUGCUGCUGCCCCGCCCCCCUCCUCUGACCCCCAGCAUGGGGCUGCUGGAGGGUGCAAGCCUGCAGGGAAGGAGAAGGAGAAUAGAAAGGGCAAGAGCAAGGUUACCGGAAGGGAUAAGCCCAAGUGCAACAACGGCAAGGGGGGGAAGGGGGAGGAGGACGAGUGCUGUGACGAUGCCAGCACCCCUCCGACCAUCACUUCGACAAUCCUCUCGCUCAUUUCCAAGUCGGGUACAUGUGACUACACGUGCCCCUCUGUGUUCGCCCUGUACGGCACGAGGGAGUGGGCCUUUGAUGGAUUCACGCCUGAAGUGCGGGCAAUGAUUGCGGACUACAAUGCGCUCACAGCGCUCAUGCAGUAUGCAGCCACGGGGGUGAAGGGGCGGCUGGUGAAUGCGAGCAUGAGGGUGGUGUCCAUCGACAUGCCCUACGGCCCCAAUGACCUCCUCGAGCGGAAGCAAGGCGCUUUUUAGAGUUCUCAAAAGCACAUUGCAGUAUGCGAUGAGGGGGUGUGAAGGGGCGGCUAGUAAAUGCGAGCAUGGGGUUGGAUUCCAUCGACAUCCCCCUCAGCCCCCAUGACCUCCUCGAGUGCGUUUGAGGAUUCUCAGGUUUUCCCUUGCAAGUUGCAGCUCCUUGAGUGUUUUUUGUUCAGUAAGGAGGUUAUGACAAAAUAGCGCAUAAAAAGGUGACGAAGGAGAAAUGUCGAGAGUACAAGAGUGGGUGUUGUACCCUAUACGAACAGACCUAGAUAGGCUAUAACAAAUCUAACCCAACUAA